GGAGGUGCGCACCAGAGCUUUUGGUCUCCGGGCCCCUCAGUCUGUCCCUGCGCCGCCGCCUGCGCACGCGGAGAGGGUGGUGUCCGCUCGAGGAGGAGGGCAGCUCUCCGAACGGAAGGCAGAGGAAGGCGCUGAGCAGCCCGGAGAAGAUGGAGGGACAGCUGAAAGAAGACGAGGCCGAGGUCGCAGAGCACUGGUUUUCUAAGUGGGAGCGUCAAUGCCUGAACGAGGCCGAGGAGAACGAGGAGACGGAGGAGACCCAAGAGGAUGAGGAGGCGGAGGAGGCGGAGGAGGAUGAGGAGGAUGAGGAGGACGAGGAAGAUGAGGAGGCGCUGGGCCCUAAGAUCGAGCAGCAGAAGCUGUGGCACCUCUUCCAGAUCUCAGCCACCUCCGUGGCCCAGCUUUACAGAGGCUCGGGGUGCCCACAGCCGGAACACUCCAUGUGGGACCCCUUCCAGAGUGCAGCCAUGGCUGUGACCAGCCUCUAUAAAGAGAGCGGGAAGGCCCACCAGCGAAUGUUUGACCUGGGCGUACAGGUUGGCUACCAGCGUCGCAUCAAAGAUGUGCUGGAUUGGGUGAAGAAGGGCCGAAGCACUAUUCUCCGCGAAGAUCUGAUUAGCUUCCUGUGUGGUAAAGUGCCCCCAGCUCCUCCACCACUGCGUACCCCCAGGACUGCCCCAAAGCCUCCUGCCGCUGCCUCCAGCCAAGCUGUGGCCACCGAAUCCACCUCCUCGGUAGACGUCGACUUGCGGCCUUUCCACGAGGCCAUCGCCCUGCAUGGCCUCAGUGGUGCCAUGGCGACCAUCAGUGUGCAGUCUGGCCCACCCAACUCUCCAUCUCAAGCCAGUGGUGUUUCCGGCAGUGUCACUAGCGAUGGUCUCCAGAAAAGUGCCAUCCUUGAGGACGAUUUGAACUCCAGCGACUCAGAAGAUCUGGCCCUCCGCCUGGCCAGUGGGGGGACCCGCAAACGCACCUCAGCCCAGUGCGGUGAUGGCGUCGCAAACUCCCCAACCCACAAGCGCCACCGAAUGGUCUAACGCACUUUGUUCACCAGUUGCCGUAUUGCUUUAAACUUAACUUUACCUUGAACAUGACUUUUGAAAGGAUACGUGGCGCCAUCUCUUCUUUCUCUAAGUUAAACAAAGGUUUCUAUCGAGUUUGCCAUAAAGACAUUUUGAAAUUACUCCAGAAGAGGCCUCAUGUGACUCUGACUUUAACAAAAAUAUAAUACUAUCAGAGAAUAACCAGUUAGCAAGAUCAUUUAAAGCAGCAGUGUCCAGUUAGGGCUGGAACCUGGUUUAUCUUUGUCACCGUUAUGUUCCUUAGCACCUAGCGCAGUGUUGGUGCUCAAUAAAUGUUUGUUGAAUGAAUAAAUGUGACCUUAUUUUAAAAGUCUUAAAGGGAAGUGACUAACAGGUGUUUACUUGGUUAUGGGAUACUUUUAUCCUUUAUUGUUCAUUUGCUUGUUUGCUUUAACUGUUUUGGCCAGUUAAGUUACAGUUUAUCAAAAUGCAAAACUAGAUAUCUUUGUGAAAUCUGGAGUCUUUUAUUUUUGCUCCACUGUGCCAUACACCUAGUUUCUAGAAA